AUGGUUCUGCCCGGCAUUUUUUCCAAACAGAAGAAGAAGCCGACCGACCGCCCAGCCUCUCCUCCUCCAGCUCCACCGCUGCACGAGCACAAGGCACGCUCCAGCACGCCGCCUGCAUCGCCCGAGAAGAGGCCUUCGAGCCAGACGCACCGCAGUUCGCACAGCGCACGCUCCUCACCCGUCAAGGAUCGUCACCGGAGGUCCGACUCCUCCCCCACCAAAAAGUCGGCCUUUUCGCGCACCCAGUCCUUCGACCCCAACACACACCCUCUCAAUCUGCCGCCCGAGGAGCGCCGUCGCCUGUCACAACUGCACUCCAAGAUGAGCGAUCAGCCGCAGAGCACCCCGGCGACGCCCAUGGACGUCGACCGCGAAGCCACCGCCUCGCCGCCGCCCAAGGCGAACGGCUCCGCCGCCGAGACCAACGGCGACAACGCUGCUCCGCCGCCCCCGCCGCAUCGCCAGCCCACAAGCCCGCCUCCCGUCGACGCCGAGGCCUGCAAGGCUGCUGGAAACAAGUUCUUCAAGGCCAAGGACUACCCCAAGGCUAUCCAGGAGUACACCAAGGCGAUUGAGGCCGAUCCCAAGUCUGCGACCUACAGGUCCAACCGCGCUGCGGCGUACAUCUCCGCGAAUCGCUUCCCCGAGGCUCUGGAGGACUGCAAGUCCGCUGACGAGCUUGAGUCGAACAACCCGAAGAUCCUCCACAGGUUAGCGCGUGUCUACACGGCUCUCGGCCGUCCUCAGGACGCUUUGGAGAUCUACGAGAAGGCAAAUGCGAGCGCAACGGAUAAGGCGGCUGCUCAGUCCAUGGCAACUCAUCUGACGCAGGCGGAGGACCAGCUGCGCUCCGGAUCUGCGGGUUCCAUGGUGAUCCACGCGCUUGACCAAGCCGAGAAGGGGCUCGGAUCUGGAGUCUCUGUGCCCAGAAAGUGGAGGCUCAUGCGUGGCGAAGCCUACCUGAAGAUGGGCAACGUCAAUGCACUUGGUGAGGCACAGAGCCAAGCCAUGAUACUGUUGCGCGCAAACAGCCAGGAUCCCGAAGCUCUCGUGCUCCGCGGCCGCUCGCUCUACGGCCAGGGUGACAACGCCAAGGCCAUCCAGCACUUUAGACAAGCCCUUUCGUGCGAUCCGGACUUCAAGGAUGCUAUCAAGUGGCUGCGUACUGUCCAGAAGCUGGAUAGGAUGAAGGAAGAGGGCAACCAGGCGUUCAAGAGUGGAAAGUACCAGGAGGCAGUGGACACUUACUCGCAGGCCCUAGAGGUUGACCCCCAGAACAAGGGCAUCAACUCGAAGCUCCUUCAGAACCGUGCGACUGCUAACAUCAAGCUCAAAAACUACCAACAAUCUGUGGAUGACUGCACGCGUGCUCUUGAGCUUGAUUCGACUUACCUCAAGGCCCGGAAGACCAAGGCCAAGGCAUUGGGUGAACUUGGCAAGUUCGACGCCGCUAUUCAAGAGUUGAACGCUGUCAAGGACGCCAGCCCCGGCGAACCUGGCAUCGACAAGGACAUCCGCAACAUGCAACUUGAAUCCAAGAAGGCACAAAGGAAGGACUACUACAAGAUCCUUGGGGUUGAGAAGGACGCGGAUGAUAACCAGAUCAAGAAGGCGUACCGGAAGCUGGCCAUCGUCCACCAUCCCGACAAGAACCGCGAUGAUCCCGAAGCUGCUGAGCGGUUCAAGGAUAUCGGUGAAGCUUACGAGACUUUGAGCGAUCCUCAGAAACGUGCCCGUUACGAUAGCGGGGAAGACCUCAUAGACCCCUCCGAAAUGUUCAGCGGCGGCGGCGGCUUCGGUGGCGGCGGCAUGGGCGGCAUGGGCGGUGGCGUCAACAUCAGCCCUGAGAUGCUCUUCAACAUGAUGGGCGGUGGUAUGGGAGGCGGCGGUGGUUUCGGCGGCUUCCAGAGCGCUGGGGGAUUCCCAGGAGGCGCUCGCGGUAGAGGUGGGCAGCAGUUCUCCGGAGGUUUCCCGUUCUAG